AGCAAGCCAAUAAGUUCAAAAGCGCAGCUAUCUUGUUUAAUAAGAAAUCCAGACAGAGCCAACUGAGAAAUCAUAUAGAGAUUAAAAGCUAGAGAAGAACAGGAAAAAAAAAGAAGAACCGGUUAGGUUCGGUAAUUAAUUAAUUUGCAUCACUCGAACCAAUUUGGGUAAGUAAAUAAAUUAGGGUUAACCGAACCGGUAUGGUUUUGUGUUAGUUGGAAAAAGGGAAACAUUGUAAGUUAAUUCAUGUUUAAUUACUGAUUAGUAGUGAAAAAGGAAAUAGUCUAAGUUAAUGACUGAUUAGCGGAUAAGUUAAUUACAACAACAAAACCUAUAUAUAUAUAUACCGACCCGAUAGAUAGAGAGUGCUUACUUGCUAACUUACUUAGCACUCGACUUUGUCUAGUUUCUUCGCUCUGUAAUAUUGAAAACUAGGGUUUCGUUUUCUUCGACAAUGGUGAAAAGAGGAGGAACGAAGAGGAAGGCAGAGAUAAAGAAGAUUACAGAUAAAAGCUCAAAGGCUGUAACUUUCACGAAGAGAAGAGAUGGUCUCUUCAGUAAGGCCGCACAGCUCUGUCUUCUCGGCGACGCUCAGAUCGCUAUCUUAGCAACUCCCUCUUCUUCCAAUUCCAACGUCUCUUUCUUCUCCUUCGGACACUCCUCGGUGGAUUCGGUUGUCUCUGCGUAUCUCUCCGGUCAAAGGCCCGCUCCUCCUCCUGUUCCGGAAGACAGCAAAGAGAUGCGGGAGGACAUCGCUGUUUGCAUGGCUCGUAAGGAACUCGGUCUCGGCUACUGGUGGGAGGACGAGAAGCUUCUUGCGAGUAAGAGCCGGGAUGAAAUCAUGGAAGCGAUGGAGUCCAUGCACAUACUGUGGAAGGCUGCCGAGAGGUUGCGUGAGGAUGAAGCUAUUGAUUUUGAUCAAAGAGAAGGUUCGCUUGAGAAGAUGGAGGACAUGAGUAAUGAUCAAACAACGCUGAUCAGUACAGAGGAUGAUCAGAUCAUCGCUGUUUGUGACAGUUUCUUCAACAACAACAACAACAACAACGCUGCUUUAUCAGCAACUCCUCCUGGUGAGGAUGAUCAUCAUCAUCAGAUUGAGGCUGUUUCUGAAAAUUAUUGCAGCAACAACAUGAAGGCUCUGUUAUCACCUGCUGCUGCUGCUGCAGGAGGAGGAUUGAAUGAUCAAAACCUGCUUGAUCUUGAUCUAGCUAAUCUUGAUUUGGAUACAAUUUUUGAAGGUUUGGCCGACCUUGAUGCUGAGUUUGUGGCUUCUUUUCUCAUGUGAUGAUGAGUCAAUGAUUACUAGGUACUGACUAGUUCGUAUGUUAUAUUUGAGGAGAGUCCUGUUUGAUCUUGGAUCAGUUUUUCUUUUUACAUCAGAUAAGAGAAAACUGAUGCAACUCAAACAGGUUCAGCUUCGGUAAUGAUAACUGAUAAGAGAUUCAGUUGUAUUAUUCUUUUUAGUUCAGUUCAGUAUUUGUAUUUUUGUUGUCCAUAAUCAUAUGAUUCUUUUUUCAAUAAAAUCUUUCUUUACACAGUGGAUGACUACUUUUUUUACACUUUUCACUGUCGUGUUUGUUUAUAUUCUUCUGAUUAUUGUGUUUGGACAGAUCACAUCUUCAGCUGCAAAACAUUUCUCAUCUUUUCUGCUUAAUUAUUGAUCUCUCUCGCUUCUUCAGUUACAAGAAGUUAUAGACCAGCUCAAACAAGCUGAGCAGUGAGCUUUCCAUUGUAUUACUCAAUCUUUACAAAACUGAUGCUCUAUGAACAAAGGCUGGAUCCACUCUUAGCUCAUAACCAACUCAAAUGAUUACUAAAGAUUCUCUGCUACAUUUGUCACUAGUCACUACUAAAGCAUCAAUAAUAACAAUCUAAACAAUUGCAGAACAUCUUCACUACACACACUUCAAAUUUUAGACAAUAAGUUGAGAGGGGCCAGUUGAGUUUGGUGUCUUCUUGAAGAUCUUAAACCUAUCCCAUUUGUACACCAACCGUGAAAUUGACUUGGAUGCAAUCUUAUUACUCUAUAUGUGUUGGAUCCCUCAGGUAAUUACAUGUUCAAGUGCAAACAUAUAAAACAUAGUUUUGUGUCACAGAGUGUUUCCAGAGUUAAUAAGAAGCCAAUAACAGAUAAAGGUCAAAGAUCUAUGUACCUCAGACAACAACAACAACUUGAAUGGAAUCACUUGUGCAGUGUUUCAGUUCUAAGCCUUGAAUUCACUUGGUGAAAAUUAUAGACCAGCUCAAACAAGCUGAGAGUGUUUCAGUGUUUCACUGUGGCUUUGAAUUCACUUGGUGAAGAUAUUUUAAAGCUAUUAUCUAGUGAUGAUGAUGAUUCUGGAGUCACUUCUUCUGAGUAUAUUUUAAAGCCUGCUUGCAUCUACAGUAUGUGUAUUGAUUCCCUUACCAAAGAUUAGUUCUUUUUUCUUUUUAUAUUGCUACUUAAGUGGGAUACAUGCCCUGAAUAUGAAACAAGUGUUGAAGGCUCCUCAUUAGGAUCUUCUGAAAUGCAUGGACAUGGCCGAGACAUGACAUCAUUCAUUGCGUGCGUUUGUUUGCUUCUUUCAUUGAGGAGAUUUUGUCAUAGGUGGUUCUAACUGAGUUAUCGGUUCUAACUAAAUGAAACUCAUAAUGACUCCGAGAUGAUGGUAAGCUGUUUCUUACCUACAUUUGUGACUUGCAAUUUUGCAAACAGUAUCUAUAGCGUCACUGGAUUUACAUUGUGAUUAAGUAUCGUGAUAAAGCUAUAAGCCAAUCUACUCAUUUGUUCAGGAUGAUAAAAACUUGACAAGAGGGUUUUGGUGUUUUUUUUGGAGUUCUUUUCUGUAUAGAUAUCAUCAUGUGUCUGUGUGUAUGUGCAAAUAUUCAUUUGAGUCCUUGUAGAGUGUCUGAAUCUCUCAAGUGCUCAUUGAUAUCUACUUUUGCUUGUUCUUCAGAAUUUCCAGAUGAAGUAGACAUACAUCAGCCGCAAGAAAACGUUUUACAAAAGUACAGGGGUCUCAAAUCCUUCAGAACCUCUUCAUAGGAUACAAACGUAGUUAGGUAACACUGAUCUUGAUGUGACGCUCACUGCUUUCCCUCUACUGUUGCUAAUUUUUAUUAUUUGUUGGAAAAUGCAGGAGUCUCCUACUCAGGCAGGAGUCAGGACUAUGUCAUAUUUUUUGCUUUUGAUAAUGUCGCUAGAACCCAAAAAGCUUGUUCUUAAGCAAGCCGUGAAAUUAUAUGUGAUGAUAUAAUAUGCUUUGGUUACAAAUCAUUCAUUAGUAUGUGAUGAUAUAAUAUGUAUUUUGUUCUUCUUAACCUCCUAUAUUUUUAUAAUGUGUUUAUGCUAUUUCUUUAUAAAGUGUUUAUAGUGACUUUAUACUAUGUGUUUGUUCGUCAAAGAUACUCAUAAAUUUUCAAAGAUACCGCUAAAAGGUAAACACAUGCAUGCGUGGUAUCAUAAUUAAAUCUUAGAUCCAACGCUUACUUGUACACUUCUAAGCCCUAUGCGCAUGUACAAUAUAAACGACCGACGACGAGAUGGGCCACUGAUUAGUACAGAAAGCAUAACGUAUUGUGCCUUUAUUCAGAAAAAAAGGUAGAAUCAAUUGAUAUAUCUUCACGCUACUGGCCACACAUACAUACGUUCCGUACUCUAGAGGAGACACUAUUAACACUUCCAUUUCGUAGUAGGAACACCGACUCGAUCAGUUUUGUAUUGAUGAAAAGUAACUCAUGACUCCUUGUAAAACAAUACUAGAUCUUGACCUACACAACCUUGCUGCUGGUAAUUAUUUCAACUUUUAUAAGCAUGCAUACAUACAUAUUUGUUUUACAUGAUUAGUGAUAUAAAAUUUUAUAGUUCACAUGCAGUAAUUUGAU